AAACCCUUCCUUUAAACCCCUUCCGCAAGCGCAAAAGAGACACGCACACUCUCUCUCUCUCUCUCUCUAUGCGACAUUACAACGAACAGCUCGCGUGCAAUUCGAUUUCCGCGUCUGUCGAAGCUGUGAUCUGCUCCGCGGCAAUCGGAUUGGGAGCGCUUUAGGAUGGACGAGGAGGAGGCCAUCGCCGGACCCCCGCACAGGGAGCUGUACGCGCUGCUCCACGUGUCGCCGGAAGCGUCGGACGAGGAAAUCAGGAGGGCGUACCGCCAGUGGGCUCAAGUCUAUCACCCCGACAAGUACCAGGACCUUCAUAUGAAGGAAGUUGCUACACAGAACUUUCAGCGGAUAUGUGAAGCAUAUGAAAUAUUGUCCGAUGAGAAUAAAAGGCAGAUAUAUGACAUAUAUGGUAUGGAGGGGUUAACUUCAGGUUUAGAACUUGGUCCAAGGCUGAGUAAAGUUGAAGAAAUAAAAGAAGAACUUGAAAGGUUAAGGCGAAUGAAGGAACAAGAAAAGAGCUUAGCACAUUUCCGACCAUCUGGUACGAUAGUGACAGAAUUGUCAGUGCCGCACUUUUUGGAUGGCGACAGCUUCGUGAGAGGAAUGCAAAUGGCAAGUCAAUUCCAAUCUCAAAUAUCCAAAAAGAAUACCCUAGCUCUUGGUGGAAAUUUGGCAGUUAGUGAACAUGCUGGUGGCCGAGCUGCUUCUCUUGUGCUUGGACAUCAGAUUUCUCCUGCUGCUUCGGCAGAAUUUAUGGUCUCAUUUGGUCUACAGGCCCUCGUUGGCGUGCAAACAACACGGCAUUUAUCACAACACUCAUCAGCGACAAUGGGCUUAGCAAUGUCUUUGCAAGAUGGGUCAAUAAAUCUGUCAAAUACAUGGACCCGCCAGUUCUCAGACACAGCAAAUGGAAAUAUACAGCUUGUAUUAGGACCAGAAUCAUCUAUUGCAGUUGGAUGGCAAAAGAGAGAAGAGAAAAUGUCUGCGGCUGGAGAGUUGAAACUUGGAACAAGUUCUUUUGGGGUAUCAGCUCAUUAUACUAGGCGUUUUUCUUCAAAAUCUCAUGCCCGUAUUGCAGGCAGAUUUGGAAGCACUGCUCUAGAGAUCGAAGUUGGUGGUGGAAGAAAAUUAUCCAACUUUAGCACUGUCCGCAUGCUGUACACAAUUGGGAUACAGGGUAUAUAUUGGAAAUUUGAGUGGCGUCGCGGUGGGCAAAAGAUAAUGGUUCCUCUUUUGCUGUCAAGGCAUCUAAAUCCUCUGUUUGCUGCCGGGGCGUUUAUAUUUCCAACUUCUGCUUACUUCAUACUCAAGAAGUUUGUUGUCAAGCCUUAUUUCCUUAAGAGAGAAAGGCAGAAGGCUUUGGAGAAUUUUGAGAAAACUUCAACGCAGGUACAAGAAGCAAUGGCAGCCGCUCAGAGAGCUCAGAAGUUGUUAGAAAACGUGGCAAAUCGAAAAAGAAACAAACAAAUGGAACUUGGUGGACUAGUUAUCACCGAAGCAAAAUAUGGGAAUCUUAAACAUGUGAAGAGAUCUGAUCAAUCAGGAGGAGUCACCGAAUCGGCUUCCCAAGUUAUAGAUGUUACUUUGCCUCUAAAUUUCCUUGUUACUGAUUCAGGGCAGCUCAAGCUUCACGAAGGCGUAAAGAAAUCAGGAAUUAUGGGAUUUUGCGAUCCCUGUCCUGGAGAGCCAAAAGGAUUGCGCAUUGAGUAUACUUACGGUGGCAAUAGAUACGAGGUGACGGUGGGCGAUUACGAGGUGCUGUUUAUACCCCGCGAAGGGCACCGGAUCUGAACGACAACCUGUUUAUCUAGCAAUUUUUUUCCUGCUUCGCCAUACCUCUUUAGAUAAUUGAAGUUUGAAAGUUUUACUGGGGUUCAUUAUUCAGCUUGAAUUUCUUGUA